CGCCGUGUGUGGGUCAAAAGGCCCAAUGGAACCCCCACCACCAUCUCCGUGCACCAGCAAGACAUCGUCGACGACCUCAAGCUAGCCAUCAUCAACAAGUUUCCCACGUCGUUGGCCAGGUCCUACGACCCGGCAGACCUCAUCAUCAAGAUCCACCCCAGGCCCGCCAGCGCCAACACCCACAAGAAGAACAUCCCGCUGUUCUCGUUUCCAGACGUUUCUCGCAGUCCCAACUCGCCGUUGGCCACUUCCACCUCCUAUGCCAUCACCACGCUAGAACCAGACCAGAACGUGUGGGUAGUGUUGGACAACCACUUCCCCAAGGGAAUGACGAUGCAGGACUCGUUUAUCAUCGAGGUUCCCGAGCUCGACCCCCUACUGGCCCAGCACAACCAGAACUUCAGCUACUACAACCAGCCUCCGCUGUUUCCCCUGGUGCAGCUGGCCUCCAGACCCGUGCAGCCGCCCCAGGACACCAAACCGUCCAUCUCCUUCAACACCAGCCCCAAGUUCCACCAGCCCCAGCCCCAAUAUGGCUUCCAGGCAUCCAUCAACAACAACAAGGACCUCUCUAUAUCCCCCGAAAUUACCGCCAAACAAUCUCCUGCGCCCUCUAAUAUCCACAAGGGGCUCCAGGCAACCACCUCAAGUUCCCCAGCUCCCGAACUUGCUCCGCCUUCUGCCUCUGCGGAGCCCACAAGCUCCGCAGGAUCAGACAAUUCCCAGGUGGUGCUCUUGUUGCCCAAGAACUUCUCGUUGGCUGCCGGCAAUCAACCUGGAAUCAAAAACAUCCAGGAUCCUCAUAAGAAAAGGUUGUCUUUCGACGAGGGCCUUAUCUCCAAACCUCGUACUGACUUCAAGUCGCCCCCUACCCUGUCUACAAACUUGACCAGCAUUGGCAUGGCUGAUAACCACCCAACCCCAUUUCCACUAACUGUUGCUCCGGAAAAGAAAAAGGAAAUUAAGCCGUUCAAGGAAAUACUGAAGAAGAAAUCCAGCAAAUCUUCAGGGGCGAAAACGAACACAGAACGAGUGCUACCAUCCAUUUCUGUGUUGGUAGUUGAAGAUAAUGCCAUUAACCAGGCCAUUUUGGGGGCGUUUUUGAGAAAGCACCGCAUACAUUACCAAAUCGCAAAAAACGGUCAAGAGGCCAUCGACAAGUGGAGAACUGGUGGCUUCCACCUUGUGUUGAUGGAUAUUCAGUUGCCAGUCAAGUCAGGUAUCGAAGCAACCAAAGAGAUCCGUCACUUGGAGAAGGUGAAUCGCAUUGGUGUGUUUGCUCAGCAUGAGCUCACAAAUUCCCACUACCACAAUCAGACGAUCCUCAAGCCGGAAGAGAAAUUGGACUUGAACAUCUUCAGGUCGCCAGUGAUCAUUGUGGCACUCACAGCUUCUUCCAACUCCUCUGUGGAUAAGAAGAACGCAUUGAUGGCAGGAUGCAACGACUACUUGACCAAGCCCGUGAACUUGGUGUGGCUCCAAAACAAAAUCACCGAAUGGGGCUGCAUGCAAGCAUUGAUUGAUUUUGAAGGCUGGAGAGACAAG